AUGGCUUCAUUUCCAGACUCCAAAUGUUUCAGCAAGGAAGAGCUUGAUGAGCUUCAGGCUGCUUUUCAAACAUGUGGAGAAGACAAAGUCACACAUCUGGUACAGAAAAAGUUACAGGACUUAGAGUCUGUAGAGCUUAACAUUGCAGUAACUGGGGUUUCAGGAGCAGCGAAAUCCACCUUUAUCAACACUAUGAGAGGUCUUCGGAGCAAUGAUGAAGGAGCAGCUCCAACUGGUAACAUAGAAACCACACUGGAGGGAACCGGAUAUUCACAUCCCACUGUGAAAGGUGUUUAUUUCUGGGAUUUGCCUGGAAUUGGAACUUCAACAUUCAAAGCUGAUCAAUAUGUGAAAAAGAUGCAGUUUAAAAGAUAUGAUUUCUUCAUCAUUAUCUCACACACGAGAUUCACUGAGAAUGAUACGUUGCUCGCCAAGGAGAUUAAACGUCUGGGCAAGAACUUCUACUCUGUUCGGUCAAAUGUUGACAAUGAUCUAAAUGGGCUUGGAGAGGAGGGUAUUGAUUAUAACAAAGAAGCAGAGCUGGGGAUCAGGAAGGAUUGUGUCAGUAACUUGGAAAAGGCAGGGAUUCAAUCCCCAUCUGUUUUUCUGAUCUCAAGCUUCCAUCUGGAUCAGUUUGAUUUUCCUGUAUUAAAGAAAACUUUUGGAAAUGAUCUUCCAGAUAAAAAGAAAGAUGUUUUCCUCCUGUCAUUUCCAAACAGAUCCGUGGAUCCUGUGAAGCAGGAAAUGAACCCCUCUCCACUUCCAUUAUUUAGGUUGGUUUUAGAUUUUAAGCAGAAGAAAAAUUAA